UCUGAACCCAAACAGAUGGGUUAUUUACUUUUUGGUGGUGUUAUUGAUUUUGCUGUUUGUGCUGUUAUAAAAAGUCUCUUCUCUGUGAGCAGAGAGUCAUUUUCUUCAUAUUCAUUCAAAGCAGACGCUUCUGGUCAUGAUGAGGACCUCUGGGGUGUUUUUCCUCGCUGUCAGUUUCAUCACGUUUGGCUUUGGCCUCUCUCUUAAGUGUUACUCCUGCCCCGAUGGCAUCAUCAGUGCUUGUGAUGUCCAACAGGACUGUAACCAAGAUGAAGAUGGCUGCCUCAAACUCACCAGUGCUAAUAAGACCUACACUAGGUGUAUCAGAUACGCUGACUGUGACUUCAUGACUCUGGCCAACAGAUAUGUGCUCCCUAACUUCGAAUUCAACUGCUGUCAGUCUAAACUCUGCAACGGCCAAAAAAAGAGUUUCCUUCAGAGAUUAAAGGACAUUUUUAGUUAAAAAGAAAAAACUGUCUCAAGACCUGAUUUCAGUAUGUUGAUUCUCUGACAAUUGUUGAGCCACUGCUGAAGAUAAAACCAUAAAGUCAGAAGAUGUGCGCUCAGCUCACUUUGUGUGUCUUGUCUUUGUAAAGAAAGUCUACUUUGAAGUUCUGACACUAAAGGGUGUUGAUUUUUUAAAACGUGGUACAUCAUUCUAUCUGUGGCUUAUCUAACUGUAACAUCAAACUGCAAUGUUAAGGUUAAUAAAUCAUUUAUUACUUUAUAGGUCUGUUACGUGGACUCUAAACCCAAACAGAUGGGUUAUUUACUUUUUGGUGGUGUUAUUGAUUUUGCUGUUUGUGCUGUUAUACAAAGUCUCUUCUCCAU